AUAUGACAUGUCCUACGUAUUCAUCUCCUACGUAUUCUAUGGCAAUCAUAGUAAAUUAUAAUACGUUGUAUAUUUUAUAAAGAUACAAAACUGUGCUCAUUAGGUCAGUAUUUGGUUUAUAGCUCAAUAUCUCAAAAAUUGGGAAUAAACAGGCCACGAUGCCUUCACGUCGGGCAUCUCAUGCUGGUAGUUGGUAUGAAGGCAAAGGCGAAGACCUAGAUAUGCAAUUGAGUAAAUGGUUAUCUGAUGCUUCGGGUUCGAACCACAGACCAGCACGUGCCAUUAUUUCACCACAUGCUGGUUAUUCGUAUUGUGGUUCAUGUGCUGCUCAUGCUUUUUCACAAAUUGACCCAAACACUGUGGAGAAGGUUUUCAUUCUUGGCCCGUCUCAUCAUUUUUACUUGAAAGAAUGUGCGCUCUCUCCAACCUCUACCUACAUUACUCCACUCUACAACCUCAAAAUUGAUCAGGAAGUUUAUCAAGAACUGUAUGGGACAGGAAAAUUUAGAACAAUGAGUCAGAGUGUUGACGAAGAUGAACACAGCAUUGAAAUGCAACUGCCUUACAUUGCCAAAGUUAUGGAAAGCAAAAAAGGCCAGUUCACAAUCAUUCCAAUUCUAGUGGGAAGUUUAGAUCAAGCAUCAGAAAAAUUGUAUGGGGAGAUACUUGCAAAAUAUAUGAAUAACCCAAACAAUGUUUUCGUCAUUUCAUCCGAUUUCUGCCACUGGGGAAGAAGAUUCCAAUACACACGGUAUGAUGAACAACAUGGUGAAAUAUAUAAAUCGAUUGAAGCACUUGAUCGAAAGGGCAUGCAGUUGAUUGAGAAUUUGGACCCAGAGGGAUUUUAUGAAUACUUGGCUGCUUAUAAAAAUACAAUAUGUGGACGUCAUCCUAUCGCUGUUAUGCUAAAUGCUGUUAAAACUGCUCAAAAUGGAAACGGUCUCCGUCUUGAAUUCAAGUUUUUGGACUACAAACAGUCAAGCAAAUGUCGCGUGCAUAGUGACAGCUCAGUAAGCUACGCAGCUGGCUCUCUGGUCGCAAAAUCGUAACUGUAAGUUACAAUUUUAGAUGUAAUUUCUACACAGUAAUCUGUCGAUUCGCUAUAUAUGGCUGGUAGCAUAUUAGUUCUGCAAUUUCUGCUGCAAACUUUUUGCAAUCGUGUUGUUUUUGCUCUUAUUAAAAAGACUAGCUGUGGUGCCCGCAACUUAAGGCCAGAGACUGUGACUGUUUGAUGUUUAAGAGUAGCAUGCUGAUGUGUUGUAAAGUACUCUUUAACUUUUCGUGUUCUUAUUUUAAUUUGGCACAGUGAAGAGUAAAUUUAAAGAAAAGUUAAAAUAUCUAACCAUUAUUUGCGCACAACACCUAUUUUGACAACUUAAACUGUUGACUUUUAAUCUGCUGUAAAAUGUGGCAGAGUAAAAUACUGUUAUAUUUUGUGUGAAGAUUCUACCAAUUAGGUAGCCUUAGGUUAAAAGUUUGGCUCUGUUAUUUUAACCGCAAUUGUGCUUUUCUUGAAAAUCAAGCAAAAUCGUGUUGUUUUCAUAUAAAAAUAUUAGACACUGGACUACUGUUUCAUAUGUUUACAUAUUACAUGUUGAUUAAAAUUGUCAAUUAUUUGAUAUAUUAGUUUCAAAUUAUGAUCUUUUUAAGUCUGGAAAUUUAAAAUCUGAGAAAAAAUUAUGAUUUUAUAAAAUCUAGAGAACUGUUGUUAGUAUAAUGCAGAAACUCCAGGAAGAAAGAAAUUGCUGUGUGCUUAGCGAUAGCAUUUCAAUUUUAAGUAUCCCACACUACAAAUGUGUUGUAUACUUGUUGUUUGUCUAUUCUUAUACUAUGAAUGCUUGUUUUCUAUUUUCAGCUUUCUGUUAAGUACACCAACUGCUGCAAGGCAUGCACUAUGUUUUUUUUUCUUUUUGCCCUUUGUGUUUGUCUGUUUGUUUGAGGAAAAACUGAAUAAAUUCGUUUUAAUUUGG